UGAGAAUUUCAGGGUCUAGCACAACAUACUGUGCACAAAAACAAUCUCCAUGGGAAAACUAGAGUUUUCAAACUCAUACACCGAAUCAAACGAGUUGAUAGGCUACAACGAUGAUAUUCUCAUUAACGUUCUCAUUCGUCUCCCAGGAAAGUCUCUCAUGAGAUUCAGAAACGUAUCGAAACACUGGCUUUCUCUGAUUUCUAGCCCCUACUUCUCUCGUUGUCUUAAUCAAAUCCCGAUGUUUCCCUCUGCCAUCUUCUUGCAGAUGCAGUUAUCUUUAAACAAGUCCAAGUACCACUUCCUUUCACUAGAUAGAAACCCGGUUCGGGAGCCAUCAGUUCAAUGUUUCACUUUUGUUGAUGACCCUGCAGGCAUUAGGAUUCUGCAAUCCUGCAAUGGCUUGUUAUUGUGCUGUAGCAACAACCGGUUAGGAGAAUACAACCGGAACUAUUACAUCUACAAUCCUACCACACACCAAUACACUACCCUUCCCAAGCCAGAUAACAGAACUCAAAGUCCAAACACUAUUUUCGGUGUUAUUUUAGCUUUUGACCCCUUGAAAUCGGUACAUUACAGAGUCAUUUUUGUUCGAAGUUCAGAGACAUCUCCUCAUCUUUAUCAGCUGGAGAUGUACUCAUCUGAAACUCAUCAAUGGAGUUUCUCCAGUGAAAUUUCCAAGGUUAAUAAUUUCAGUCAAGGGGUCUAUUGUUGUGGUGGUAUUCAUUGGAGGAACAACUCUGGGCCUUUCCUACGCUUUGAUGUUCAUCAAGAGAGAUUUCAAGAGAUCCCAAUGCCUAAAAUUCCAGAUGAUUGGGACCAACAGACCAAGUGCAGAUACUUCGGGGAAUGCGGAGGUCGCCUGCAUCUUAUCUUAACAAGUUGCAAGCAUAGUACCAGCCAGUUUAAUGUUUACGAGAUGAAAAAUAACUUCUCCGGAUGGUUUGUGAAGUAUCAAGUCGACCUUAAUGCGCUGAUUUCAGCAAAUCCGAAGAUGACCCAAAGCAACUGUCACGCAUUAGAUCAUUGGGAUUAUUAUGCAUUUAGAGUACUAGCCAUUGUUGUUGGUGAAGGAAGCGGACAAGGGUCGUCAUCGCCUUUCAUGGUGUUGCAUGUACCCGGAAAGGUCAUUACCUACAGUUUCAAAGACAAAACUUCCACAUUGCUCCAUGAUUUUGCUCCUGAUUGCACAGACAUUGAAGGUUGUACAACCUUCGAAUAUGACGAUGCUUAUCCCUAUAUUACAACUUUAGCCAAUGUUUGAAAGUUUCAGGAUUUAGCAAGCUUUUUAGUUACCAGGUAACCCCAAGGGUGUGAGCCUGGAUGUUGUUUUGUGAAAAUAGUGUCAAGUUUAAUGUCAGUUUUAACUACCAAAUAAUAUAAAUGUUCAUUACCAUUGUUUGCGGCACCAA